GACUUAACAGGGCGCGAUGAUUCUUUCCUUUCUUUGUUAUGUUGUCCCAUUUUCUAGGUGAAAAAUAAAAAAUGUUGCGACAAUGGUUUGAAUAUUUGAAAUUAUUUUUCUAUAGACUAUUUCUCGGGGUUAAUGCCGUUAAGGGAAACGAUGACAGAUUUGCAAUGGUUUUUGUACUUGCUUGUAUCUUGUGGGAUUUGGUGACAAGAAAUCCUGACUCCGAAAGAGGUGGCAAUUUCACAACCAAUAAAAUGUCUGACACUCAGGUUUCCCUUGUUGGGUCCGGCAAUCAACAAAUAGAGCAAGAAACCAGCGAGGAAACGACACUCUCUGAGGUGUCGAAAGAUCUUGGACACACGAAAAUAUCCGAAAAGUCGGCUCAGUAUGAAGCCACAGCGAACACAUCCAUCGUCCAAGAAAAUGCUUCGAAAAAUAUCCAAAGCAGUUGCAAUGUGAUGCAAUCUCAAUCCGUGUCUCAAUCAGUUAGCGAAAGCCGCAAGGAACAAGAACAUGAAACCUCAGUAUCAUCAGACAUUCAGUCCCAAGAAAGUUCAACAUCAGAAUCAAGAAAAACCAACUAUUAUAAACCGUUAGAACCUAUUAAAUCUUUCGAACCGGUUAAACCUUUCGAGCCUAUGAAACCCUUCGAACCUUUAAAACCGUUCGAACCUCCCAAAUCUUUUGAACUAACACGUCAAAUAGAGAAAACGGUUCUACAAUCUCAACAAAAUGAUAAAAAAGAAAACGGAGUCAAGAACCAAGAAGAACAUAACUUGAUCAAUAACGGAUUUCCGCCUGAUUAUGUUCCAGUAGAAGCAUUAGAACCUUUGAAACUCUUUGAACCUCUUCCACCAAUAGAAUCUUGUAGAAUUAGCGAGAACAUACCUGCAAACGGGACAUCAAAACCUACUUCAGAAAUAAAAGAAGAGAAAAUUAAAAAUUCAUUAAAAGAGAUUAUAUCUGAUUUAGAUCACUAUGCUGAGAAAGAUAAGGAAUUGAAAGAGUCGUAUUAUGAAGAAAAAAAUGUUGAUGGUAAUAAUACAACUUAUUCUCAUGAAAAGGUUCUGGAAUCACAGUCACACGUUAAAGAGAGCGAACAGCGAUCCAACAAAGACAAUUGGAUUGCCCACUUACCUUCAGUGUUACCAAAACAACGCCCCCUGUCUUUGCCUCCUCAAAACACUUUCAAUUACGCUGAUUUUUCAAAGGUUAUGCAAGAACUUAGCGGUGGACAACAUUUUCAAGAUGAAAAUGCGCCUCCACCAAAACCAAUCAAUUUGGAAAAAGUUUUCACACCGGCUGAGGGUGAACAAAUACAACCUUGCAAAAAUAGAAAAAUGUUUGCAUCGUCCGCUUUCUACGCUAAAGGCAUACAUCCAACAGUUGAAGAGCAAGUUCAACUCGCUAAAAGAAUAUCAAGUUCUCUUAGUGACAUUAGCAACCAAAGCAGCAAAGGUCAAUCCAUGUAUGUCAAUCGCAAGAAACGAUCAGUUAAAUGGGUCCACGAAGGAGAAGGUUUGAGAACAGAAGGUUCUGAAUACACUUCAGAAUCUUCAGAAACAAAAGACCCAUUGAAACUGGUAAUGAACCCACAUGGUCAAGUCCAGGACAUAAAUUCCUUACGCAAACAAGGUUAUACAAUCGAAUCCGCAUUAUCACCGGACGUGUGUCUUGAAAUUGUUAAAGAUCUAAAUUCACCUAAAGGAAAAGGAGCUGAAUUAUUUGCCAAACGACGUAAGCGUUCAGAAAAGUGGGUUGUGGGUGAAACAAACGGUACACGACCAUCAUCCAUACCAGAUAUUGCACCAUCUCCAACACCCAUAUUGUCACCAUUGCCUCCAAUUAGUAGCUUCCCUCCACCAAGUUACCUACCAGAAACGGCAAAAAGGAUACAACACAAAGAAAAACUGGACGAAAUACAGGAAAAAUUCACGCGUCCUCGUCUGAAACUAGUCAAGUCUCCUUGGGACGCAGCUUUAGAGACUGGAUCAGUGGAGGCAGCUUUCGAAAAUGUACCCCCAGCAUGGCCAACACGAGGAAAUUACGUCGCUCCUGUCGUAGAUUCAUAUGAAGCUGCACUCAAAAACGAUUCUUUAUCAUCAUGGACGGGGGCAAACCCCAAUGAAAAAGUUUUUGCACACAACCCAGCUUAUAACAGUAGCAGUAUAAACCGAAUUGUGGAUAAUUUACAAAAGGGAAAUGUGGAUUUGUAUAAACCAUCAAUGCCACAAGCUUGGAAUUCUUCAACCACACCAAAGCAACAACAAUAUGGUAGCAUCAACCUUGCUAUAACUAACAUCAUUAAAUCAUCAAGAAAGGAAGAGAGGCCAAAAUCGCCCUUUCCUAACAUACUAGAUGUAUCAACCACUCCUGAACUUUUAUCAAAAACUUCUUCUGAUCAAAAAAUAACUCGUUCAGUAACUCCUUCAUUUUUAAAACCAAAAUCAGAUCCUGAAGAAGAAUUAUUAAAACUGAAAAAAGCAGAAAGAGCUGCUUCACCCUUUCCUGAAAUACCUGAUAUGUCAUUAGAACAUGAAUUAUUGCAAGGAGAUGUUUCUAAAGUUCAUGAAAAGGAACCAAUUUCAUCAUUGCGCCCAACUUCUCCAUUUCCAGCAAUACCAGAUGUUACCCUUAAUCCAGAAAUUCUAGAACAAGACGUUGUUAAAAUAAGGACUAGUCCACAGCCGCUUCAAACGUCUUCUAAUCUCUCUGAAUUUGAGAAAAAUUGUGAAAUUUCUGAAAACAUGGACAUGGAACAGAUAAAAGAUGAAGAUCAAGAUGAAGUGGUACCUGUACCAUUUCCCACAAUUCCUAAUAUUUCUAAAUAUUUGGCCAAAAAUCAAGCAUCUUUCAUUAAACCAAUUCCUUUAAGAAAAUACGAACCGAUUUUUAUGGACAAAAAAUACAACUUUAAUGAAACUCCACCCAAAUACUCUAAACCAGCUUUAAAACCAGAAUUUCGAUAUGCCCUUCCUGAGCAAAAACUUCUAGAACACGGUUUUAUAUCACCAACUCCUGAAAAUUUUAGAACUGUCCAAUCAGAAAUUUUUGAAAGUCAGGGGCAUUUUAAUGCAAGUCGAUCUUGUUCCCCUUUUUCUGUUUAUGUCCCUAAAAGCGAACCACCAGAGAGGAAAGACUCACUUGAGCCACCAAAAAAAGUCAUUAUUGUGCAAGAGGUUGAAAAAGAAGAUAAAAAUCCGAAAUAUGAAGAACAGAUGAAAAAGUUGGCAUUGUCGACAAAUAAAGAAAAAUCAGAAGGUAUCAAAUGUCAGAAAAGUUGUUUCACAGAAUUGAAAGAAAUACAAACAGCGUACGAUCAAGCUGACCAACAACUGUAUGAAAUGACACGACAAAUCCAGAAACAGGAAGAUAAUGAAAUCACUAAAAUUCUACAAGACAUGAAAAGGACCAGAGAAGGAGAGACAACAGCACAAAAUGAGCCUGAAAAUAAAAAUGAAACUAAUGCAGAAGAAAUUGUUCCAAGUGAAAUGAAUGCUCAAAGAAAAGAAGACGAUAUUUCAAAAACGAAAAUUAAGGAAGAAGAAAAUAUAACUGAAACACUUGAAAGUAAAAAUGUUAUAUCCACUGAAACAACAGAGUUGCAAAGCGAAGUAACAAAAAAUUUAAAUAUUUUAGUAGAAAAAACUUCUUUCGAAUCAGCAAACAAGCAGGAACCAGUUUCUGUUCCAAAAGAUACUGAAAAUUCUUUGCUUUUAGGUGAAGCACAGAAAAAACGUAAAAAGCCUCCUGAAACCAUAAUCGGUGCCCGCCCAAUAUUUGGCCAACUGGACAUAAACAGUGAGUUUCAGAAAGCUUUUUCAGGCCGACAAAAGUCAAUUAAGGAUAAAAGAUUAAAAGAGGUUGCCAAGAAAGCAGACAAAAUGGUUGAAAAAAUUGAAAACAUAGAAGAAAAGUUUAUCAACAGUGAAGUUUCUCAAGUAGAAACUUACCGUCCUAGUAAAAACGACGAAGUUGAAAAGAUUUAUUAUCAGCAAGAAAGAGAAUACCAUGUGGAUUAUCAAACAAUUCAAGAAGAAUUUAUUUACCCCGAGGGUGAUUUUAUGAAGAAUUCUUCUUCUGAUACUAAUGGCAAUACAUUUAUACAACAGUUGACAGAAAUAAAAUCGAAUUUGCACCAUCCUCAACCACAAAAUUUCCCCAAAAACGAAACUGAAAACGACGAUGAAAGUUAUCAAAAAAUUCCAGUUAAAUCAUUGAUUAAAAAUUUUGAACAAUCGACGAUGCCAGUUUUACGUUACAAGCAAAUUCGGGCACCAUCACCAAAAGUGGUAGAAAAACUCAGCAAAGGGGUCGAGCGCUUUUCAAACCAAGAACAGUUUCUCAAAAAUGCUGAACAAGAAUUUGAUAAUUUGUAUUACGUCGCAAAUGCAAAAGUUGAGACAAAAUAUUAUCCUUUAGAACAACCGAAAAGCUUGAUACAAUCAGAAAACAGCUCCUUUUGUAAAUACACGUCCCAAAAGUCCCAAUUUCAGUCUUCUUUUCAAGAGGAGAAUGUUAGAAACAAUAUAGAGGAAGCCUCUAACACACUUCCAAGAUCGAAACCAAAACCACCACUUUCACCAAGCUUCAAACCAAAUGUGGUUCCACAAGUCUUUGUUCCUAAAGAAACCAACAGUCCAUUACCGGAAUUACAUACUCCAUCCUACAGUGCACAAAACGUUUUUACUGAACCUUCAACAAUUUCACCAUCACCAAGAAUCAACUUCAACGCAUUGAAUAAUUACAACACGGCACCAAGAGGUUGGGGACAAGCCCAAAGUUACUACAAACCAAUUACAUUUGAUAAACCUUCAACGCAAUAUUCAGAUUUCUAAUCUAAUAAUAUACUCAAGAUUUUUUUUGUUAUUUAUUGUUGUAAUUAUCACAUUUCAACUCAAUCUCUUUAGGGAUUGUAGAAUUGAGAUGUGUGAAUUUAGACGUUAUAUUUAUGUAUAUAUGACUGGUACUAAUUGUAGAUUUAGAAAAUCAGUUAAAAUAACAGCGGAUUGAAUAAGGAUUUAAAAGUUGUCAAACAAUAAACUAGUUUUGCUCUCUGAGUGCACAAUAUUGUUCAAUUUUAAUGUGAAUAAAUGAAGUUUUAUUUCA